GUCAUCAUAACAAAUAUAACUAUCACCAGCACAGCGCUGCAGAAAACGCUCAAACUUUCACCAGUCCCUCAUAGAACACUGGAUUUUAACAAUCUCCGCAUAAACAAAGCACAAAAUCGCAGGAUUUUAACGCGAAGCAAUAAAGGUCACCCUUUAUCAGACCGCCUCACAAGCUUCCUUCCUCCCCUCGCAGCAUGGGAUCCGGUGAAUCCGGUGAGUGCCCGAGCCAAAGAUGAAGGGCUGGAAUCAUCUUCUCUUCUUGGCUGAAAUUGCUGCUGUUUUGCAUGCAGCCUAAUGAGCAUCUAUGCAAACUAUGGCAACAAUCGGUCCAUGCUCAGAUGCAGAGGACCUGUUGGCUUCCAUCCAUCUCGAGAGGUAUCUAGACCAAUUCCGUCAGGCAGGCUUUCUCCUCACCCGGGACUUCUGUCAUGUGGACAAUGCUGCUUUGAACAGGGUGGGAGUGACUGCCACAGGUCACAGGAAGCGUAUCCUUAAACUGGUCGAGCACAUUCAGUCGAUCUGUCAAUAUCAAUGGAAAGAGUCCUUGCUAGAUCGUUGCAACUCAGAGUCUGCUAUUCACGAGGUGACCCCUGUCAACACAGAGCCUCUUUCUCCCUCAGGACAUGCUGGCACCUCCUUUGAAUCCUUACGCAACAGCUCUGCCCCGAAUCUUUGUGCACAAGUGAAGCAUUCGUACUCCGAGCAUAGUGCUACUGUCAUAAAGCCGGUACCAAAACCAAGAACUGUCUUCCACAAACUUAGAUCAGAGAGGCGAUCUUUAAUAACACAACAUGAAACACAGCCUUGCCGAAAGUCUUCUCAGGAGCCACUUUCUUUAAAAGUUGCAGAAGAUUCAUCCUCUAGUGCAUCUAGUAUAGACACUGUUGAAACAUCUACUGAACCAAAACAGGGCCUUUGUGAACCAAGUUUGAGCAAUACCUCUUCGGCCCCAGAGACUGGUGGGCCAUUACCCCCAGUACCUCCUAGGUUAAAUCGAGGGAAUACUCCUUCCACAUUUAUGAGAAUGUCAGACUUGGACCAGCUCAGCACCCAACCCCUACCUUCGCCCCCAGACUCAUCAUCUAGUUGUCAGUGUUCUCCUUUUACUAACACUUUCACUGGCUCACCCCCGAGUCCACCCUGCUCAGGGCUAGAGAUGGUCUCUAAUGAAAUCUAUUGUGGCACUUUACCUGGCACUCCAUGCAUGUUGUGGAGUCGCUCUGUACCCGUUCCCCCUCCACGACAGGAGGACAGCCCAUCUACUGAAAAUCAUAGCACUUUAGACAAGAACAACACAUUUGAAUCACCUCAAACAAUGUCUGCGUCUGCUGAGGAUGAUGAUGAAAUUAUCAACCCGUACUGUGAAACAGUUUUCCAGAGCAAGCGACAAUAUCAACACUCAAAGGUUGAAAGGACCAAAAUUGAGGGAAAGUCUGGAACUACGAAUAAUGAAGGCAAACUAAAAGAUCAAAGGCAGCAGAAUCAUUCAUGGCUCAAGCGUCUUGAUUCUCCAGGCUACUGCACAGUGGGUGAGCCCUCCCCAGCCUCCCACUCAUUCUCCCUCCCUCAUAACUUCUACUCAAGUGAAGCAGAUGAGGACCACGUCAUCUCCCCCUACGCCAGCUUCACCUCGCUGUCCGAGCGGGUGGCACCAAUUCUCAGCGGCUGUCUUGACAAGCUCUCUCCUCAAGGGUACGCCCCAUCGGGGCUGCUACUCGCCUCCUCUCGCCUCUGCAUCUCCUGCACUCCCCUCAAUGCCUGUUUCUACCUUCUGUCUGUUCUCUCUAGCCGAAACUAUGUGUUCCAGAAACGCUAUGUUAAGUUUGAUGGGAAAAACCUGAUGUACUAUGGUAGCGAAAAGGAUGCCUACCCCAAAGGUGUGAUUCCCUUAGCUGCCAUACAGAUGGCCCGUCUAGCCAAAGACAAUAAAUUUGAGGUUGUGACAAGCCACAGGACAUUUGUCUUCCGUGCUGACAAUGAUGUCCAGAGAAGCACAUGGUGUAGCACAUUACAAGAGCGAGUCAAGGAACAGCUGGUUUUUGGCUACCCACGUUUUGGCCCCGGCAGUCACUGCCAAAAGAGGGGCUUCCUGGAGCUCAAAGGAACCAAAUCAAAGAUCUACACUGCCAUUAUAAUGGAGCAGAUCUGGCUGUACAAGAGUGAGCAGUGCUUUAAAAAUGGGAUUGGAAUUACUGUAAUUGAGGCCAGAGGUGCUACAGUACGUGAUGGAAAGGGCAGGAGCUUUGAUCUCAUUACACCUUAUAAAUCCUUCAGCUUUACUGCAGAGUCGGAGCGAGAGAAGAGGGACUGGAUGGAGGCCCUGCAGGAAUCUAUAGCAGAAACACUAUCUGAUUACGAGGUGGCAGAGAAGAUCUGGUCCAACAGGUCCAACAAGAUCUGCGCAGACUGUAAAGCCAUCAAUCCAGACUGGGCAUCCAUCAAUCUCUGUGUGGUUAUCUGCAAGAAUUGCGCAGGCCAGCACCGAGGUCUUGGCACAAUGGUGUCGAAAGUGCAGAGUCUGAAACUAGACACCAGUGUGUGGAGCAAUGAGAUUGUUCAGCUCUUCAUAAUGCUUGGCAAUGAUAGGGCUAAUGAAUUCUGGGCAGCCAGGCUUCCUGUGACUGAGGAACUGGACCGUGAUGCCUCCCCAGAACAGCGGAAAGAAUUUAUCAUCCACAAAUAUCGUGAAGGCAGAUACCGUUACUCUCAUCCUAGUUUUAGCAGCCAGGAAGAACUGCUAAAGGUGUUGUGCACCGCCAUGUCCGAGCAGAACUUGCUGAAAACGGUCACUCAGAUUUUCGCAGAAGCCGAUGCCGCUCGACUCUCUGACGCUAAUGGAAACAAUAAGCGUCGGUCCCCACAUUACUCAUACACACAGUCUGCAGAUUCUUGUGUUUAUGAUGAGAUCAUGCAGCCCAUCCUGUACUCUGGCUAUCUCUACAAGUCAGGCUCCUUGAACAAAGGGACAUUAUCUCGCAGAACCAGAGACGCAGAUUUUCAAAAAUACUGGUGUUCAGUGGAGAAGUCCAUUCUCUUUUAUGAGUCUGACAGAUGUCAUGAGCCCAGUACAAAGAUCGAUAUUAAAGACAUCAUUUGUUUAGGAGUUAGCAGACCAGACUCCUGCAACAACAGUGGCCUUACCGACAAAUUUCGAUUCACUUUUGAACUGUACCUAACAUCUGAUAAACUGGUUCAGUUUGGCCUGGAAACUCCGGAAGCGUUGCACAGCUGGGCGAGAGCAAUAGGGAAGGCCAUCACCCCUCUCAGCUGCCACUGCCUUCUGACGCGAGAGUUCGAGCGUGUGGGCGUGCUGCGCUACAAGGCCAUGCUCGAUCCCCAGCAGUGGAAAGAAGGCUUCUUUGUUCUACAAAAGUCCAAUCUGUUUAUCUGCCCUGGAAACGAUGGAGCCGCCGAGGACAUUAUAAACCUGAAACGCCUACAGGAGCUCAAAACAGAGAACCAUGAGAAGAAGGACAUUCUAGUUCUUGUUGAGAAAGGAAGGACUCUGCACCUGCAGGGCAUGGGGAGGACAGAUUUGUCUCUGUGGUACACAGACAUUCAGAAGUCUGCAGGAGGGAAAGGAAACACACUUAAAGAUCAGCAGCUCAGCAGAAAUGACAUCCCCAUCAUUGUAGACAGUUGCAUUGCCUUCAUAACCCAGUAUGGCUUGGGACAUGAGGGUAUAUACAGGAAAAAUGGGGCAAAGUCUAGAAUCAACCUUUUGAUGGAAGAGUUCCGCAAGGAUGCACGCAACGUGAAACUCCGUAUAGGAGAUAACUUCAUAGAGGACGUAACUGAUGUACUGAAGAGGUUCUUCCGGGAGAUUGACGAUCCCAUAUUCAUGGCUGAUCUCCACCCCUUCUGGAGGGAAGCUGCCAAGAUACCUCAAAAGACACAGCGUCUGGACAGAUAUAAAGAGCUGAUUCGAGGUUUACCGCUGGUUAACAGAACGACUCUAUCAGCACUCAUUAGUCACCUCUACAGGGUACAAAAGUGUGCUGACCUGAAUCAAAUGUGCACUAAGAACCUGUCACUGCUAUUCGCUCCCAGCCUUUUUCAGACUGAUGGGAAAGGAGAACAUGAGGUCAAGAUCAUACAAGACCUAAUUGACAACUAUCUGUAUAUAUUUGAUAUCGAUGAAGAGCACCAAACACAGAUUGAACUAGAAAUCAGUUUGAUUACUACCUGGAGAGACACACAGCUCUCGCAGGCUGGGGACCUGAUUAUUGAAGUUUAUCUAGAGGAAAAGGUACCGGAUUGCUGCAUCACUCUGAAAGUGUCUCCCACUAUGUGUGCAGAGGAGCUGACCAACCAGGUGCUAUAUAUGAGAAAUAUUCCUGCUGGGGAGAGAGACGUAUGGAUGGCCUUUGAGGCCAUUGAGGAAGGAGAGCUUGAGCGGCCUCUUCACCCCAAAGAGAAAGUUCUGGAACAGGCCCUGCAGUGGUGUAAAAUGGCUGAUCCCAGCUCUGCAUAUCUAGUGGUGAAGAAGGUGUCCAGAGGAGAGGCUAUCGACAUUUUCACAGCCUACAAGAGUGAGAUAGUGAAGUCUGGUGUUCUGAAGUGUCGAGAGGAGCCGCCCAAACUCCUGCAGGGGAACAAAUUCCAGGAGCGAUCAUUCCAAAUCAAAGAUCACAAACUACUCCUGUUGAAGGACAAGAAAACCAACAAGCCAGAAAAAGAGUGGCAACUGAAAACCUUGAAGGUUUACAUGGGGAUAAGAAAGAAACUAAAACCACCCACAAAAUGGGGAUUUACAGUAAUGUUGGAUAAACAUCAAAUGUACCUCAGCUGUUCCUGUGAAACUGAAUUAUGGGACUGGAUGACUAAUUUACUUAAAUCACAGAAUGAUGACCUGCAUCCACCUGUGAUGAGACGCCACUCUUCCUCUGACAUUUCCAAACAGAGAUUCGGCACCAUGCCGCUAGUGCCCAUCAGAGGAGAGAAGAGCAAUACCAACUCUACCAUGCUCUCUGCCAAUCAAACUCUGAGAAAGCUUCACACAAGAAGGGCACUGUCAAUGUUCUUUCCCAUGAAGAUGCAGCAGGACUCGUUUGAAGAGAGCAUUGAAAGUCCUGAGCCUUUGUAUGAGGAGGUGGGCGACUUUGGCCUGCAGGUGCUUAAGUCUUUGGAAACCAGUUUUCUGUCCAGUGCUCGUGCUGAAACACAGGAGGUGCCAGCACGGCCCGUCAGCCUCGGACAGAGGAGGGCUGCCUUCCUGGAUCGCUUGGUUGGACCUAAUCCAAUGCACAGGAUGAGGGGAGAGGGAACCUUAUCCUUUGGUGAAUCUCUAGACAUUCUGGGGCAAGACGACCCCAGUAAUUCUGUGCAUGUCCAAGAUAGGCACAGGUCACACAGAUCAUGUAGCCCCCAACAGGAAUUGCUGUUACAGGAACUCUCUACUAUGUUCGGCAAUAAACCAGAGUCUGAAGAGUAGUGUACUACUGAGAACCUUACCUAAGAGGGGCAGCACAACCACAGAGUUUUAGAAAAGUUGGACUGGAUUUGUCCCUAGAGAAAUUUGCUAUGGAACUUGAAAUAGUUGUUUAUAAUUGGUCCAUUAUUUGUUUGAAAUUGGCUAGUAAUAAAUCAAUAUUACAAUGAUCUGAUUAUUGUGCAGUCAGGAAUCUGUGCUAUAAAAGUUUAGUAUAAAUUGGGUAAAUCGGUUUUGGCAUGUGCAUCUGUUGAUUUGCUACACUAAAACUCACAGACCUCUCAACAUUUUCCAGAAUUUCACAUUUUUAUAAUUUGGACGUAAGGUUAUUAUAUUUUGUUGUGUUAUUUGUACCUAAAAAUGUAUCAUUAUGCAUGUAAAGCACAAUAUCUGCAUCCUGUGAAACAUAAAUGACUACUGAAUGAGUGUCUUUCAGUUCUCUUGGGACUUUGACCAGAUUGUUUUUAUAUGUAUACAGUUUUAUUAUAUUUAUUAAUUUAUUUAUAGACUAUUUGAAUAAUUCCCAAAUAUUUCCCAGUUUUUGGAGAAAAGAAAAAGAAUGUUAACAGAAGGAAGGAAAUUACUUAUUUGAAGGCUAGACUUUGAACAGGAGAGGGCAGUGUAGAUACAGCACAUAUUGUCUUGACAAUCUUGAGCAUAUAACUUCCACUGAUUUUCACUCCACUUCAAAGGCAUAAACAUGUAAAGUCUAUUCACAAAAUAAAUGUGUUAUUACACUGAGUUUUUGUUUAUUGUAUGUUACCAAUGAAAUAGUCAUGGCUGGUUUGUUUUUGUGAAUCUUCAUCCAGUGAAUGUUUUUGCCGUGGUUUUUAGACUUCUUAUAUAUAGAUUGUCCAAAUAUGGACUCACAUCUGUUGCACUGAUAAAUUCAU